AUGACUUAUGAUCCUCCGAACAGAGAUUGCAGACAGAUGGCUGCCAUACUGGGAGAGAGACUACUUGGAGAAGUCGUCGAGGAGAGGUUGGAUGAGGUCUUACAUGACUUGGAAGAGCUGACUGAGGGGAUUUCGGAUGCAAGGUUCGAAGAGCCUACAGGUCUCACAGAGAUCGACGCGCUCUUGGGGGUUUUUGCGCCAGUUCAACAUCCAGCGCCAGUCCAGGCACAGCCGGACGACCACGUCCGCGAGCCUCGAGAAGAGGAAGAUCAGCCUCAUGUGCAGUCAGAAUCCGACCAACGCGUGAAUGCACGGCAUGCAACGGAAUACACGCCAUCCCUAUCCCGUGGGAAAGCCCCCGUCAUUGAAAUCUCCAGCACGGCGUCCGCGGCGGGAAAAUCCCAGCUGUUGUACUAUCUCACCGCCAUCGCGAUUCUUCCCUCGCGCUGUGGACAACAUCAAAUCGGGGGACGCGAAUCUGCGGUGGCGUUCAUCGAUACCGACGGUCGGUUUGACGUCGAGCGGCUCCGGACAAUUGCCCAAGGGAUCAUUCGCAAACGACUCCCAGACCAAGAUGUAACUAGACAUGUUGACGACAUCCUCUCCAUCAUCACCACCUCCCUACAGCACCUCCAUAUCUUCCGACCACAAUCCUCUGCCUCUCUUCUCUCUACCCUACAGCAUCUCGACACGUACCUCUUCGAUCUCACCCGCCACUUCUCCUCCACCCGACCCCUGCAUGCUAUCUUCAUCGACAGCGCAAGCGCCUUCUUCUGGCAAGACAAACUCCACGACGAAGUCGCCCGUGUGGAGGACAUCGGCCGCGCCUACGCAGACAUUGAACACGAUAGACGCCACAAGCAAAGCUUCUACCUCUCAGAGAUGUACGCGGACCUGGUCGCCGAGUUGAAGCGUCUUCAGCAUCGAUUCAGCUGCGCCCUCAUCUACACCACUACAGCCUGGAGCGGCAGAUCCGCUUCAACCGGUCCGGGCGAUUCGAACCCCGGCCCCUUCACGCUAUAUGAACCCCAUCUAUCGACACUGAAAUUCCCGUCGGCUCGUCCCUCGCUUCCGGCUCCGUGGGGCACGUUCCCGACCGUGCGGUUGCUGGUUCGACGCGAGGCGGUUCGUCCGUUUCCGUCGGACAUGACCCCUGCAGAAGCGCAGGCUGAUGCAGCCAUGCGGCAGGGCGUCGUCUUGCGGGGGCGGUUCUCCGCGUGGGUGAAUGGAUGGGGCUGCGAAGACUGGCCGCGGCGAAUCGUGGAUGGACUAGACAGCAUGAACUGGGGGAUGUUUGCAUUCCAUGUACGAAGCGACGGAGUACACAUCGAUUGA